AACCGGGUGUCAGUGAAUGGCUUGACCGCUCCUUGUAAAUAAAGCGGAUCCGCGCAGACGUAUUGGCGCAAGGAUGGCAGCCUUCCUUGAGGACACGCUACCCGAGGAGGAGAGUGAGUUUCAAAAGAUUGUAGCUUUAAUCGGAGGUAAAGAGCGGAUUUAUUUGGUGAGUGAUGCCUGUACAAGUAAAGAGGUGGACGGGAAUGACGCUGGAAUAUUGCAAGAGUUCUUCCGUGAAAUGUUUCACAACAGCAGCCCGGCGACCAGCAGCGGACAGCCCCAAACGUCUCCGUCGAACGGUCACGUCGAGACUGUAAGUGCAAAACCCUCUUGCGGCAAGCCAGAGACUGUUGCAAGCAAUGACAUACCUUUAAUAGCGAGCCCCAUGGAUUUGGAGUUGAAAGCCUGUCCGGUGGAAGAGGACGGGGACAAGGAGAGACAGCCAGCGCGCAAUGUCAACGCUCAGAAAACAGCAACAAGGAGGGCGAUAUACAGCCUAAAGCGAACCAUAGACUCUCCUAUCAUCAUAUUCAUCUUCAGACAGACAUUUAUCAGCAAACAAUCCAACGAAUUGUGCCUAAAAGAGACACUGAAGGACGUAAAGGCACGCACAAAACGUGCCAGAUUUACCCGACCAGCUCUGAUUGGAUUAAUACGCAGAGAACAGGAGAGCGCCGGGACGCAUCAGUGUGAACAACUCCUUGAGCGCCUGAUCCGCUCAGUGUUCUACAAACAGUCACCUGAGACUAUAUGGGUCGGCAGUUUCAUCCCGAAGACAGAGGCCCACAUGCUCAGCAUCAAGAAAAACGCCUGCAAAGUGAUAUACUCUUCCCAAACAGCAGAUAAUACCGGGGAUAGAGGGAACCAGCAUUUCCUGCCAUUCCAAUGUUUGUUAUGGGCUCAGAGAAGAGGCCAGACUUCCAACUCUUCAACCGGUAGGCAAAGAGGCGACACUGGAAGUAAAGAGGAAGGCAUCCCUUUGAAAAUCAGUUCAUUGUCUGCUGGACCUCAUGUGAAUGGAGAGUCAGCUGUAGGAGACAGCUGAUGGCAUGACACAUGGCCUGCAGACAAUACUUGUGGUGCUAAAGAGCCUUACUGCAUGUACUGCCAGUGUUUCUGUGUUCAUUAUCCACCGCUGAGCUAUCAUGAUGCUUGUCCUGAAGACAUAUUUAGCUAAAUAUUCAAAUCUGUCCUGCUGAUUUACACAUUGUCUCUGAUUUACAAUGGUAAAAGUAACUGUUAAAAAUAUCUAUGUAUAUCACAUUUACUAGACCACAUCAUUUAACAUCACUUUUGAGGCCUAGAGAGAGAUUUGUCUGUUAUUUUAGUAGAUGUUCAAACUGCAGUAUGGCUAGUUUUAAGCAAAAGCUUACAGCUAAAGUAGGCCAACUCCAUUCACAUGAUGCACAGGGCUGGAUUGCCAAUAGGUCCCUAGAACUCCAUUGAGUCUUGAUAUAUACACCACCAAAAGCACAACGUCAACAGUCAUAAUAAUGGUCUUAAGUGAGGUCCUGCUUCAUUAAUAGGGACCAAGCAGCAAGACCCAGAAGGUCGAUACCAUGAUCAACUACUGUGAAUCUUUUCUCCUUUUUCUUGGUAAUUUAUUAGAAUGAUGUGCCUUAGAUGAGUGCUAACGACAAAAGCAUUAUCUGCAAUAGAAGUAGAUUAAACAACUUUUCACUUUUAAUGUAGUUAUGUAGGCUAUUCAUUUGUAAAUAAACACAUAUACGCUUU